CUCAAUAUGGUGGAUCAAAUAGCAGCCGUCUCAGCUUACAAGUCAAAGUUUCUUCAUCCCCGUCGAUAUUAUUCGCCCAGAGCUGAAACGGGCAUUAUCAGGCUCAGCCAUGGAAGGAGAAGGAGCAGCAGCAAACUUGAAGGAGAAGGGGAAAGCCGUAGUUGUUGUGAAAGAAGAACCGAAAGAUGACAUCAAGAAUUUUGCUGAGAACACCAUGAAUGAGCUCCUUGGUUGGUAUGGGUAUGACAAGGUGGACAGCAAUGACACUCAAGCCCUUGACCUGCAGAGGUUUGCCUCAGGCACCCCAGGGGAUAAUGAGAGCACCUGCAGCAGUGAAGAUGGCAGCGAGGACAGCAGGAGGAUACGAGGAAGAGGAGAAGGAGCAGUCUCUCUGCAUUCAGACUCCCUGCUCGCAGCUCAACACCAGAACUUGGUUUCUGCUCUAAAUAAAGCAGCAGCAAAGCAAGCCAAAGGUAUUAAAGAGUUGCCAUCUGGUUACAUUCUGUGUGCUUGGUGCCAAAAAGCAGGACUGAAGCUGUUCACCUUACGAACACCUGCUGGAGUGAAAGCGUUCUGCAGUGAGCUUUGUUUCACACAGUGUCGCAGAGCUUCUUUCAAAAAGAACAAGAUAUGUGACUGGUGCAAACAUGUCAGGCAUACUGUGAAUUAUGUGGAUUUCCAAGAUGGAGAACAACAGUUGCAGUUCUGCAGUGAAAAGUGUCUGAAUCAGUACAAGAUGAACAUAUUUUGUAGGGAGACACAAGAACAUUUGCAAAAGAUACAGACACAAGUUGAGUCAGAUCUAGCAUCACAGAGUCCAGCAUCUGGUCAGAUUUUGAUCACACCAGACCUGUGGAUGAAAGGAAAACUGAAACAUCAUCGUACCAAGAACCAUGGAACUGAAACAGAUGAAGGAGAUGACAAGUGUGGGGCAGAGGAGGAAGAAGACAUAAAUGAUGACCCCAUCUCCUUGAAAGAAAAAGAAUCAAAAGGAAAUGGAAAGGACAUUAACAGUGUGGCUGCUAGACUCAGCCAGCAAAGCCAUACAGCCCCUCUUAGUAACACCACAGACCACAAGCAGAAAGAAAAAUCCCAUGGUCAUCACGUUAACCAAAGAUUUAGAGAUCAACCAGGUCCUGCGAGAAGUGCCAGUCCCAAUUCCACCACCAGCACCCCUCACAGCUUUGUCAGCAGUAGUAUCUCACCACCACCAUUGUCCUCUGCAGCAGCAUUAGGGUCACCUCCGGGGGGAUAUGGACCAGCUUUGAUGUACCAGGAUUUCAUGGCAGCAUCAGGAGGGAUGUUAGGAUCACACCAGUCAUUGAAAAAUUUGCAGUCCAUGAUGCGUUUUAGCACUCCGGGAAGGUUUGGAUUGCCAGCAGGGUUUCCACAUCCGAGAGUGUCAGUUCCAUCUGCUACUUUCUCUUCUCCAUCCUCUACACCACAGAGGACUGGAGAUGCCAGGAAAACCCCAGUGACACCACGGCCAGGAUCAGCUCUAUCAGAUGUGCCCCAUCCAUCCCCAGCUCCAUUGCCACCAUUUAUGGCAUUCCCUCACUUACCACCCCCACCUUUUAUGACCCCUAUGGGAGCAGGCAUGCCACCUGUUACUGUUCUUGUACCACACCCAAUAUUCCUCCCCAUCCCUAUACCACUGCCUAUUCCUAUUCCAGUUCCAAUCAAAUCUGAUCUGAGGUCUGAAGAAAAAAGGGAUAACAAUACAAGCAAUGUCACCCAUGAAGACGAUGUGGAAAAAUGUGCAAAUGUCAGUGACAUUAACAGUGCAAACAGUUGCAAAAAUCACACUGAUCCAUGUUCAAAUGCCAGUAACCAGAAAGACCAGGCCCUUUCAGAAGACCAACACAGUAGUUCUUCUACACCAGCUUCAUGUAAGGACCACAUUACAUGUGCCUCCUGCCAAUCUGACCCUGGAAGGCGCAUCAUACUGAGGACACCCAAACUAGAGGUUGGUCCAAAUGAGGAUGGGGAAGACAGUGAUGCAAGUGACGUGGCCCCACUCACUAAAAGACCCAGAUUGGACAGCACUUCCAGUAAUGGUAGUGCAGAUAUCCAGAAAGCACUGAACCUUUCUCGAGAGACUGUUGUCAUUGAAAAAUCCAAGGCCAAAGUGGCACCACAUAUUGUCCAUGAAGCAGAAAUUUCAAAUGACAGCAGUUGUGAUUUAAAUGGUGCUUCAGCUUCUUCAGCAACAGUUUCUUCUGUAGGGAAGUUAAAUCCUGAUCCCCCUUAUUCAAUGAGGAGGAGUCUUAUUCUGGAUGCACCUAGUGUGCCCAAGAGAGAUUCAGAGGAGAAGUGCUAUACAAUGAGAGACAUAUUUGAUAAUAAGAGAAGAACAGUGAGGAGAAUCCGAACAAAGUAAAGAUAUAAAAUGUUAACUGAUCAUUUUUCAGUUGAUUUUUCUAGUAAAAGAGAUGCAUGCUACAAAAUGUGUUGUGGAGAAAAUAAUUAAGCAUAUGAUGCUUUCUUUGUGUAAAAAAGAAGUCGUGUUCUGGUGGUCUGAGUGACAAGAAAGUUAGCUGACAUGUGGUGGAAUGAAUAAUUCUCAAAACUUUGGAGUGUGUGUAAAUAGUUUCUUUGAUUGAAAUGUUCUGGACAUCUGAAAUAAUCUUAUUGUAUUUAAGGCACACAAUGAGCAUUAGACAUUUAUAAAGAAAAAAAGUUUAUUUCAUUGAAAAUUUAAACUAUUUUGCCCUUGAUCACCAAGUUUCACCAUAUCCAAACCAAGGAUGAAAUUACAAUCUACAAACAUGUUUUUGAGUUUUAAGUUUCCAAGCAUUAAGUCUUGUUUAUAAUGGGGUUGGGGGACUAGUGAAUCUCACUUGUACUGCUAACAAUAUAAAUUUGGAACUAAAAAAAGUGGUAAUAAAUUAUAAUUUUCUCAGCAGUUUCAUAUAGGAUAUACCUUGGUGAUAAAAGGUAUACUACUAACAUUUGAAAAUGCCCCAAGUCAUAUUUUAUGUCUAAAUAUUUUGCAAAGCUUCUUUUUUCACCAGUGAAUAUGAUAAAAACCCCCAAAAAAUUUCCUAGUGUUGACAUUUCCUCCUGAAAUUUCGGGAAAACAUGGUCCUUCAAAUGAGUCAUUUAGAACUACAUUAUUUAUUUAAAAUGGUAUAAAAACCAAGUCCAACUGCAGGGAUCAGUUGACUAACAAUUCAAAGGUUGGAGAAAACUUUUUAGUUUGAAAAUUAGAUUUGAUGUAUAAAUCCAAAAAAGGAUACCUUUUAGGACAAAUUAUUGAAAUGUACAGGAAUUUAUUUUCCUACAUAGAGGUUAAAAAUGCAUUGUAUGCCUUAAGUGUUAUUAGAAGCCAUUUUCAUAACAUUAUAGCUCUUAAUGCUGUUAUAUUGUGCAUUUCUGGUGACUUUAAUUUACUCCAUUAUAAUUGUGUUCAACUGUAACGGUGUGAAAAUCCAGGAGCCUAGAGCAAAUUAAUUUCUAGUCUUCACUCUGAAAAUGUGCCAUAUAUGACCCACAUGUUAUCCUUAUUAUAUUAUUGAAUAAUCAAUCAUGAACAUAAAGACUUGCAUCUUCCAUAAUUUUACAAGAACUUGCAUUAUCUGUCAAAAAGGAUACUAGGAUAACUUGUUCCUUAAUGUUAUUUAUUAUUAUUAUUAUUAUUUUGGGAAAGUCAGUUUAUGUAAGUAUAUAGCUUUCAAGCUAGAAUCCCAUCCCACUAGUGCCAUCUGAUCAAUUUUAUAGAAAGUGCAUUUUUUUCCUGCUAUCUCAAGGACAUCAAUACUGACAGCCUUAUUAUUUUAAAAUAUCAUGUAUUGCUGUAAAAUAAGCAAUGUUUUAAUCUCUUGUAACAAUGUGUGAAGAAACACUGAAAUUUAAUUGACCUGUCUGUUGCUUUUGUUGUACAGUUUAAAGGCCAGGUGCAAUUUCAAACUGCCCCAGCCAGAGUUGCAACAAUUAUAUGCAUGUGGCCUUCACAGCUGUAUGUUGCAGAGUGAAAGAGGAUGUGAAGAUCUGCUUAUUACACCGGUGUUCGAGUCAUGCUCUGGUUGCAACUAGGCCAGUAAAGAGGGUAGGGAAUACCUUUUGCAUUCCGCGUGAUUGGCCUUAUUUUUCAAGCGUGAUGCGUUAUUUGAGCCCAAUAUUCUGUGUAAAAUGUGAUUCAGGAAUAUUCUUGGUGAUUGUCCUGAAUGUGUCUUGGUAAUUGGUGAUUAAGCUGUUUUAAUCUUGGUGAUAAAUGGGGGGGGGGUAUUCCCUACCCUCAUUAUAGUGUAAAUCUAAUCGGUCUAAGAGCUUUCUAUGUUUUGUGGUAGUGUGACAUACUUAAAACUUGUCAGAAAGUGAAGUCAAGCAUAAUUUGUGGUAAACCUUCACAAUUUUUACAGAAUGGAGCGAAUUGGCUUCUGAGCAAACUAAAUAGCUUCCAUUAAAAUGGAAAUGCAUCAUAGAUGUCAAAAAUAUUAAAUAGUUUUAUGAUUGGCUACCUAACUAUAAUUUGGUUUUAUCAUAGAUGACCACAGUAUUUUUUGGAUCAACGUUGACUUCAUGUUUACUUGCAUUAAUUUAAAUUCCUGGUUGAUUUUGUAAGAGCAUUUAUGACUGAUCAUUAUUUUGCAUUCAAAGAUGCAACGGCCAUUUCUAUCAUAGUAUUAUAAGUAAUUGUCAUGAAAUUAAAAGAUCCUUGAAAAGGGAAGUUAACAGAUUUUUGUUCUUAUUCAAGCUGCAAAUUGGUCAUUUUCCUCAAUUUAUGUUACCUAUCAAUAUUAAAGGGCUCAUGUAUUUUGAUUUUAGCCAUAUGACGCUUUAUCCAAGACAACAAAAUGUAGUUGUCAGUUGUUUUCAUCACUUAACACAACCACAGCUGCACUACAUUUUAGCCUUUUAAUUUAAAAGUAAAACUGCCUACA